GGGAGGAUGAGACAGUCGGACAGAGGAGCGGAGCUGGCGGAUGAGGACAGGGCUCUCUCCACAGCACCCAGUCCUGAGAAUGGUCUCUCUGGGAUCCUGAGGCUCCUGCUGCAGGAACUGAGUCUCUUCUACAGCCGAGAUGUGAAUGGUCUGUGUCUCUUAUAUGACCUCCUCCAAUCACCGUGGCUGCAGGCUCUGCUGAAGGUCUACGACUGCCUCCAGAAGUUUAAAGAGAAGAAGCUAGUUCCUGCUACAACUCAUGCACAGAUCUUAUCCCUCGAGGUCUUGGAGCUGUUAUCCAAAGCCUCCAGUUCCCCUGAGAUCCAAGAGCUGAGGGAAGUCCUCCAGGCUCCACACUGCAAGGCCUUGCUGAGUGCCCAUGAUACAGUGGCUCAGAAAGACUUCGAACCCCUUCUUCCCCCGCUGCCAGACAAUAUCCCUGACAGUGAAGAAGCAAUGAGGAUUGUUUGUCUGGUGAAAAACCAACAGCCCCUGGGGGCAACCAUCAAGCGUCACGAGGUAACAGGGGAUAUCCUGGUGGCCAGGGUCAUCCAUGGUGGACUGGUGGAGAGGAGUGGGUUGCUGUACGCUGGAGACAAACUGGUGGAGGUUAAUGGUGUUUCAGUGGAGGGCCUGGACCCUGAGCAAGUGAUCCACAUUCUGGCUAUGUCUUGUGGCACGAUCAUGUUCAAGGUGAUUCCGGUCUCUGCCCCGCCUGUGAGCAGCCAGAAGAUGGUUUAUGUUCGUGCCAUGAUUGAUUACUGGCCCCAAGAGGAUCCUGACAUCCCCUGCAUGGAUGCUGGAUUGCCUUUCCUGAAAGGGGACAUUCUACAGAUUGUGGACCAGAAUGAUGACCUCUGGUGGCAGGCCCGGAAAAUCUCAGACCUUGCUAUCUGCGCUGGGCUAAUCCCUUCUAAUCACCUUCUGAAGAGGAAGCAGCGGGAAUUCUGGUGGUCUCAGCCGUACCAGCCUCACACCUGCCUCAAAUCCACCCGAUCACUGUCUAUGGAAGAAGAAGACAGCAUGAAGAUUGAUGAGAAGUGUGUGGAAGCAGAUGAAGAAACAUUUGAAUCUGAGGAACUCGCAGAAGCUAAAGAGGAAUUUGUCGGCAAUGGGCAGAAGUUCUUUAUCGCUGGUUUCCGCCGCAGCAUGCGCCUCUGUCGCAGGAAGUCUCACUUCAGCCGGCUGCACGCCAGCAUGGGCUGCACCUGCAGUUGCUACAGUGCAGUGGGUGCUCCUUACGAGGAGGUAGUGAGGUACCAGCGGCAGCCAGCAGACAAACACCGCCUCAUAGUGCUUGUGGGACCUUCAGGUGUUGGAGUCAAUGAACUGAGAAGACAGCUCAUUGGAUGCAACCCCAGCUGUUUUCAAAGCGCGGUGCCACAUACCACCCGUUCCCCAAAGAGUUAUGAAAUGGACGGACGUGAGUAUCACUACGUGUCAAGGGAAACAUUUGAAAGUCUCAUGUAUGGACACAGGAUGCUGGAGUACGGUGAGCACAAGGGCCACCUGUAUGGAACUAGCGUGAAUGCUGUACACGCAGUCCUUGAUGAAGGGAAGGUCUGCAUCAUGGAUUUGGAGCCUCAGGAUAUUCAGCUGGCUCGGACGCGUGAGCUGAAGCCCUAUGUUAUAUUUAUUAAGCCACCUAACUUGGGCUCCAUGAAACACUCUCGGAAGAACGCUAAGAUUAUCACUGACUACUUUGUGGACAUGAAGUUGAAGGAUGAAGACCUACAAGAGAUGGAGGAGUUAGCCCAGAAACUGGAGAGUCAGUUUGGCCAGUUUUUUGAUCACGUGAUUGUGAAUGACAACUUGCAAGAUGCAUGUGCCCAGCUGUUGUCUGCCAUACAGAAGGCUCAGGAAGACCUGCAGUGGGUACCAGAAGCAUGGGUUUCCCCUGGCACUGAAUCUUAAUCUAGUCUCCUGUUUAAAAUGGGAAGCUUAAUAGUGUGUCCUAAAGAUCCAGAAUACCAGCAGCCAUUGCAAAGAGCAGUACUUGACCCAUUAGAAGUGCAGCCAUGAAGUGCUUAUUGUGUGGCUAUCGACAGCUUCCAAUAGUCAUAUGGAUCUACUCAUUUGGCUCUCAGGCAUUUCCCGCUUUUUCUCCAUAUGAGCUAAUGCGAGGGAUGGGAAUAGUCAUUGAAUGUGAGAUUUCAUAUGGUGUUUGUGAUUUAGCUUUCAAAAGUCUCUUCUAAAUAAAUCAGACUAUU